AUGGUCGCCGCUCCUAUAUCCGCCAACCCUCUCCAACUCGACGUGAAAAGUCACCUCAAAUGUCUGGCGAUUUGUGUUGUUGCGACAUUGUCGACCUUUCAAUAUGGUCUGGACUAUGCCCUUGUGGGAGGGUUCCUGUCGAUGCCCGGGUUUCUCGAAGUGUUUGGAUACCAUUCCGACAAGUUGGGCAAAUGGAACAUUGAUCCGACUGUCCAACAACUCAUUUCGUCGCUCAUGACCAUUGGCACAUUUGUUUCUUCGUUGAUGGUCGGUCCGUUCAGCGCCCGGUUUGGGAGAUUGCAUGGACUGUGGGCCGCCACUGUGCUCAACUUUGUGGCGACGAGUGUGCAGAUUGGCACGACGAGUAAGGCGGCGUUGUAUGUUGCGCGGCUUAUCCUUGGCAUUUCUGUCGGCUGGUUCCUCACUUUCGCCCAGCUGUACAUCCAUGAAGUCUCACCCGCUCAUCUCCGCGGCAUCGUCUUUGCCGUGUAUCAAAGCAUGCUCUCGAUCGGAUCCAUUGUGGGCGCAAGCAUCGACUUCGGCACUCAUUCCAUGCACGGCCGAAAAGCGUAUCAAAUCCCCCUGGCGAUUUUUUAUGUUGCACCCGCAGUGCAAGCUGUGCUAUUGUACCUUUUUGCGCCCGAGUCGCCUCGCUGGCUGAUGGUGCAGCGGAAGGAAGAACAAGCUGAAAUGUCGCUACGCAGACUUCGCAAUUCAAAAAUCGACGAACGCGAGUUCCAGGCCGAGUUGAAUGAGAUCCGUCAAUCGACUCGUGAACAGCUGGAACAGAAUAAAAAGGCGUUGUUCUUGGAGAUGUGGCGUGGGACGAAUCUGAGGAGGACAUUGUUGUCGAUUGCGGUUGUGUGUUUUCAUUCAGCUAAUGGUUCGAGCUGGGUCAACAUUUACACGACGUAUUUUCUGCAGAUCGCCGGCGUGCAUAACCCGUUUGCUUAUUCGAUCUUGGUCACUUGUACUGGAUUGAUCGGGGUGCUUGUCAGCUUCUGCUUCGUCCGUCUGAUCGAUCGGCGGACCGUGAUGUUGGUGGGGAUUUCCGCCUGUGGACUCUGUCAGCUCGCUCCGGCGAUAGCGUGGAGCGUGAACCCGGCGAGCAGGGCCACUGCAAAUGUGGUCGUGGGCUUCAUUGCGCUGUUUACUUUCUUUUAUGUGGCUUAUGCACCGUACGCAUGGCUCCUCGGCGGCGAAUACGUCAACAACCAACUCCGCGCAUUCACAUUCGGUCUCGCGACGGCCCUGAAUUUCCUGGGAAACUGGUUAGGGACGUUCACCGCGCCGUACUUCAUCAACCCGGCCAAACUCGGCUGGGGUCCGAAAUACGGCUAUAUCUGGUUCGGAUCGAAUAUGAUUCUUGUCAUUUUCACGUGGUUCUUUCUGCCGGAGACUAGAGAUCGGACACUGGAAGAAAUCCAUGAGAUGUUCGAGGCGAGGUUGCCUGCGCGGAAAUUCAAGGGGUAUGUUUGUACUGGGGUGGUAAGCUAUGCUGAGGAAGCGAUGCACGGCAAAAAGGGUGAUUUUGAGGUUACGACUACUACUGCUACUACUUCGGCAAAGGCAGCCGGGAAUGGUGACGAGAAGAGUCAUUCGGGGCAUGCGGCGUAUGUUGAGGAUGUGAGUGAGGUGGAUUUGGAGAAAUGA